AUGGAUUCAGUUGAUAAGCUCAAGCGAACAGGAUAUCCUGCUAGAACAGACAAAACAAAGUUACUCGCUGCAAUGGUUGAAGCAGUAACAUGGGUAGUCACGCCACAGUCCACAGUCCAGAGCCUGCAGCCUGCAACACAACAUGCCGCCGCGCCCAAGAAGCAUGAAGAAGAAGAACCCAGCGCCGGUUUCGCCCUGGUCAGCGCUCGCCGGCGCGAUGCUCGCGUGGAGCAUGGUGCGCUCCUACCUCCUCCCACACGAGCAGCUACGCAGCUUCGCCGCCAGCUUCCUGCGUCGCCACGCGCAGCGGCUCCUGGGGCUCGUCGAACGGGAAAAGCACGACCGCACACCGUCGCCGAGCACGACGGCGGGGAGCGGAUGAAGGGCUGCGGGGACCUGUACGAGCACGCCAAGGCCUACCUGAGCCACCGGUGCGCGCGCUGGGCACGGGCGCUCCGGGCCGAGAGCGCGCCCGCCAGCAGCGGCCGGGACCGCUUCUUGCUCAGCAUGGGCGACAACGAGGAGGUCAGCGACGUGUUCCGCGGCGCCACCGUGUGGUGGCACUCCGUGCCCGCGUCCGCCGGACGCCACCGUGGCUCAGACGGCCGCGACGACGUCGACGACGGCGGACGCACGUACCGGCUCGUGUUCCACCGGCGCCACCGCGAGCUCGUCGUGGACUCGUACCUCCCCCACGUCUGCCGCGAGGGCCGCGCCGUCAUGGUCGCCGGACGGCAACGGAAGCUCUUCACCAACGCCGGCGGCGGGUGGUGCUCGAUGUGGAGGCACGUGGUGUUCGAGCACCCGUCGACGUUCGACACGCUGGCCAUGGACCCGGCCAAGAAGCGGGAGAUCAUGGCCGACCUCGACGCGUUCCGGAACGGGAAGGAGUACUACGCGCGCAUCGGCAAAGCGUGGAAGCGCGGGUACCUCCUGCACGGCCCGCCGGGCACGGGCAAGUCGUCCAUGAUCGCCGCCAUGGCCAACUACCUCGACUACGACAUCUACGACAUCGAGCUCACGUCCGUGGCCACCAACAAGGACCUCCGGCGCAUGUUCAUCGAGACCAGGGGCAAGUCCAUCAUCGUCAUCGAGGACAUCGACUGCUCCCUCGACCUCACCGGCAAGCGCAGCAAGAAGAAGAAGAGGCCGAAGGCGCCGACGACCGAGGGCGAGCAUUCGUCAGCCCGCGACGCGACAGCCAGUAAGGUGACGCUCUCCGGCCUGCUCAACUUCAUCGACGGCCUCUGGUCGGCGUGCGGCGGCGAGCGCGUCAUCGUGCUCACGACGAACCACGUGGAGCGGCUGGACCCGGCGAUGGUCCGGCGCGGCCGCAUGGACAAGCACAUCGAGAUGUCCUACUGCUGCUUCGAGGCCUUCAAGGUCCUGGCGAGGAACUACCUCGCCGUGGACGCGCACCCUGUGUUCGACGACGUCCGCGUGCUGCUGCGCGAGAUCGACAUCACCACCGCCGACGUCGCCGAGCUCCUGACGCCCAAGCGCGCCAACGACGGCGACGGUGGCGGCGGCGGCGUGGACUCGUGCCUGACCGGCCUGGUGGCGGCGCUGCAGAAGAAGGCCAAGGCCAAGGCCAAGACCGGCGGCGCCAGUCGCAGCGACGUCGUGGUCCAGGCCAAGGAGGAGAUACAAGAUUAGGCCUUCGAUAACAAUGUCGUUUGUUUAAGUGCGUCUUGUUGUGUUGGUAACUUGGUAGCUGCAGCAAUUAAUCCAAUCAUGUUGGAGUUGCAUUUGUAAUGUGCUGGGUGGUUUAAUAAGGAGUUUCUCCAUCUUCAAACAUGCAUUGAACUAGCUAGCAGCCUUGUUUAUUGGUACA